GUCAGUGGCGGCAAGAUGGCGACUCUCGGAGACGCAUCAGCCCCGGGGGUGAACGGGUUAAUACAACAGUUCACAGCCAUAACUGGAGCCACAGAGAGCGUAGGGAAGCAUAUGUUGGAAGCAUGUAACAAUAACCUCGAGAUGGCCGUCACCAUGUUUCUGGAUGGAGGAGGCAUCGCCGAGGAGCCCAGCACAAGCGCCAGUUCAGCCAGAGCGUCCAGCAGCAGAAUCUCCCCUGUAGAAGAUGAAGUGCGAGCACCCAUUCCUCAGAAGCAGGAAAUUCUGGUGGAGCCAGAGCCCCUGUUUGGAGUACCAAAGAGACGGAGACCAGCACGAUCAAUCUUUGAUGGAUUUCGGGAUUUUCAGACUGAAACCAUCCGACAGGAGCAGGAGUUGAGAAACGGAAGUGCAGUGGACAAGAAGCUGAGCACGCUUGCUGAUCUCUUCCGUCCCCCCAUCGAACUCAUGCACAAAGGCAGCUUUGAGACGGCAAAAGACUCAGGGCAGCUUGAGAACAAAUGGCUGAUGAUCAACAUUCAGAAUGUGCAGGAUUUCGCCUGUCAGUGUCUGAACCGGGACGUGUGGAGCAAUGAUGCUGUCAAAACCAUCAUCCGAGAACACUUCAUAUUCUGGCAGGUUUACCAUGACAGUGAGGAAGGGCAGAGGUACAUUCAGUUUUACAAGCUUAACAAGUUCCCCUAUAUUUCUAUCUUGGACCCCCGUACAGGACAAAAGAUGGUUGAGUGGAACCAGCUGGACGUGACCUCAUUCAUGGAUCAGGUCACAGGCUUCCUAUCAGAGCACGGUCAGCUGGAUGGACAGUCCAGUCAACCUCCCGCCAAACGGGCUCGUUCUGAGAGUUUGAUAGAUGCCAGCGAGGACAGUCAGUUAGAAGCUGCCAUCCGGGCGUCUCUUCAAGAAACGCACUACGAGUCCGCUCAAGAAAAGGCAGAGUCGCGCUCAGAUGAUGAUUCAGAUGCAGAGCCUUUCUCUGACAGUGAAGGUCUGAUCUCAGUCGAUGGCUCUGAUAAUGAGGCUGGAGCAGGGGAGGAUUCUUUAGAUGGACACACCUCCACAGAAUUAGCCCCUCCCACCAGAUCAGAUAGCCCCGCCCAUCACAGGAAGUCCCCCCAUAAAGAAUUGUGCCACAGAAAAGAGGAGAGUAAGAAGAACCACCUUGAGCCGGCAGGACUCAAUCACAGUCAGAUGGGACAAGCAGAAAACCACAGAUCCACAUCACAGCAGCCUUCAGAACCGGCCGGCACCAGCACAGCAGAUCCAGACGACAACGGUCCAAAGGCCCGCUUAAUGCUGCGAUAUCCAGAUGGCCAAAGGGAACAGAUAGCAUUGUCUGCUAAAGCUAAACUCAUGGCACUGGUGAGACACGUUCAGUCUAAGGGAUUCCCCAAUGAACGCUUUGAACUUGUCACCAACUUCCCCCGCCGAAGACUCGCUCAUUUGGACUAUGACAUUACACUGCAGGAAGCAGGACUGUGUCCGCAGGAAACUGUGUUUGUGCAGGAGAGAAAUUAGCCCCGCCCCUUGUAGAUAAACCCCACCCCUCAUGUCUUGUCACUUGUGCCCUAGAAAGACUGAAUUGACUGCGCCCUGUUACCACUUGUCUUUUUUUUUCUUCUUUUUUAUAAAAAUCCCAAAAGUCCCAAAUACCAGAACAUUAGUAGUUCACUGGGAGCGUCCCUGAGCUGCAUUUGUUAACAUAUUUAUUUACAAAAACCUCGGCACAUCCCAUCCUUUCUGGGUGUAAAUCCUGUCAAGAAAAGACAGUCCAUAUACAAAAGUUGUGCUCAUGUUUAUAUGGAAACUGAAUCCCCAGUGGGUAAAAAUGACAACGUUGUAUAUCAUGUAUAUGCAAAGAUUCAUAGAAUUGGAACAUGAGUUUGAAAAUGAUUUGAAAGACAUCUGAGCAGGUUGGGGUCCCGUUAAACAUGGGCUCAGGGGAUGAAUCGGGGUGGUUGGUUAUUAUUUAGAGGCAAACCCUCACAUAUCUCAUCUGCGAUGUGCAGGAAUGGAUGGAUUAGUGACAUUUAGCUCUAGUAAGUUUCUGUCUCCUUUUUUAUAUACUGCAUCAUUUCCACAAAAACUGAUUCUCAAAUAUAAUCAUUGAAACAA